AUGUCUGAAGCAAUGUCUUCCAAUCCGAAUCCAUCAAUUGCCAGUUCUGUUUCUACUCCUGCAAAUCCCGAGAAUGCAACCCAAAAUCCAUCAUCUGCUCAGAAAGAAAAUGAUGAUGAAGAAAAUCCAUAUUCAAGAAAUGUGAGAAAGAAAACUUCAGCAGUUUGGGAAGGCUUCAAGAAUGUGGAGACAGCUGGUGUCAAGAAGUACCAAUGCAUACAUUGCAAGAGGAAAUACAAAGCAGAUCCCUCAGGGGUUACAUCAACACUACGAAAGACACCUGAAACAAUGUCCGAAGAAUCCCAUUGUCCUCAUUGA